UGUAUGGGAAAACGUCUUCCAGGAUCUACUGGGAAGAAGACGAGAGAGGUUCGCAGUCUCCGAUACAGCACCACCAUCACCAGCAAUCCGUCAAAGGGCAGUCACCGGAGGCGGAGCUUCCCCGGGUCAGCCUGUCGCGGCUGUCGUCCGCCACGGUCUCCUCUGUCUCGCCGUUGAGCCCUGGCCCGGGAUCCCCGUGGGCGUUAUCCCCCAUGCGCCGCUUCUCGUCCCCGUCUCCAACCCCGUCACUGAUGUAUCACUGUCUCGUCUCCCUGCAGCGCCAUGACGGCAACGUCUACUGCGUCGCUGUCUCUGGCGGCACAAUCUAUACGGGCUCCGACAGCGACCGCGUGCGGGUGUGGAAACAGCCGGACUGUGUGGAUCGGGGCAGCAUCCAGACCGGCCACGGCCGGAUCCGGUGCAUCCUCGCUCACGGUUCCACCCUCGUCACCACCCACAAGGACCACCGGGUCCGUAUCUGGGCCGUGCCCCCCGUCCCGGACCGACUGCGGUGCAAGAAGGUCGCCACCCUCCCGCCUAGGAUCUCCAGCCUCUUCCCCUUCCGCAAGCACCGAUACCAACGACACAUCGACACCAUCUCCUGCCUCGCCUUGCACCACGCCGAGGGCCUCCUCUACACCGGCUCCCUGGACCGGACGGUCAAGGCCUGGCGGCUGACGGAAAGGGCCUGCGUUGACUCCUUCGUGGCCCACGAUGACCAAGUAAGCGACAUUGUGGUCAACGAGCUCGACGGCUGCCUCUUCACCUCCUCCAUCGACGGCUCCGUGAAACUGUGGAGGAGAGUGUUCGGGGACAGCUCCCACGCGCUGAUGAUGGUGCUGCGGUUCCAGCCCUCGCCAGUAAACGCCCUGGCGCUGAGCCACUCGAGAGACACUUGCUUCCUCUACUCCGGCUCGUCCGACGGCUACGUAAACAUAUGGGAGAAGGAGGCGGUGUCGGGGCGGUACAACCACGGCGGCUUCCUCCAGGGCCACCGCUACGCCGUGCUCAGCCUGGUGGCGGUCAACCGGGUACUGCUCAGCGGCUCGGAGGAUACGACGAUAAGGGUGUGGAGGAGGGAGAAGGGGAGCGGGUUCCACAGGUGCCUGGCGGUGAUGGAGGGGCACCGGGGACCGGUCCGGUGCCUGGCGGCGAGCGUGGAGGUGGAGGGGAAGGGAAUCGGGAUGGGACUGCUGGUGUACAGCGCUAGCCUUGACAGGGUGGUAAAGGCGUGGAGGAUAAAGGUGCUGGCCGAGGACGACGACGACGAGGCGGUGACCGCCGUCGCCAACGACGAAUGCGGUGGCAGCGGUGUUGGGAAGGAGGCCACGGCGGAAUACGAGAUGAAUCCGGUGCUGUCACCGACGUGGGUGGAGUUGAAGCUGCAGAAGAGUUAUCCCUUCUAA